ACCAGAAGCCAUUUCAAACGCAGCACUUCACCGAUAUGAGUAGUGUGUCUAAAAUGGACGUGGGUUCCGCACUGUAACCCAUCUGGCUGUAUAAUCUCUGCCGAUAUUCUAACAAGUGUUUCCAGUUCAUUUAUGAUACUUUCUCUGAGAGUCGCAUGACAAUUACGUCAUGUGGAAUGCAUGAACUCCGGUGGUGGAUAUGUAGAACUUGAUACUAUCGUUUAAAGAAAAUGUCAUUUUUAUUUUGUUGUUGUUCAUCUUGCCUGUCCACAGAUGAAUAUGCGCGAAGCAGCGAAGAGAAGCAUUGAGUUGGUGGCAGAGCCAGGUGGAGUGGAGAGACAGCCCCUUCUUCAGGCAGAAUCCGCCAGACUGUUCCGGGCCCCAGCGCAAGCAGAAGCCAAGCAGAAAGGGAAAAUCCUGGCAAAGCUGGUGGGAAUCUCUGAGCUGGAUCAGCACUUUGCAGACGUUGCUGACACAUUUAACCAGCAGCAGGAACAUUAUGAGACCAUGAUUGAAACUUGGCGGUUACUGAGAGACAGCUAUGGCUGUUCCCAUAGAAACGGCCUGUCAGACUGCCUUCAGAGAAUGAGGGAGGAACACAGUGGGGCCCAGCUGGGCCUGCAGAUGAGGGGCUAUGACCUGAGCCUGGCAGUGGCGGGACCCCUGGGGGCGCGGCUGCAGCAGGCCCAGGAGCAGGUGGGCGUGUUGGGUCAGGCAGCGAAGGCUGUGGUGGCGGCGGGGCCCAGGCUGCAGGGCAUGAUGGGAUGGGUUCUGCAGCAAGAGGACCAGCUCCUGCAGCGCGUCAGGGAGGCUAGCCCCAGCUACCCGGAGCAGCUGCGUGUGCAGGCCAACCUGCGGGAGAAUCUGCAGACCCUGCGGCAGGCGGGGGACCUGUCUGUCCGCUACCGCCGUGAGGCAGGGGCUCUCCUCACCGAGGCAGCCGCCCUCACCGCUGGCUCCUGAACACCUGGAUCUGUAUACAACAUUAUUACUACAUUAUUAUUACAUAUAUGAUAUUCAUUCAUACAGAUAUGUGUGAUCUUCAGGGUAUAAGUACAUUUAACUGUUGAAGUUUGGUCAAUUUAGAAUAAUUAUGAAGUUUGAUUUAAAUGUUGUUCUGUUUCCUUAGUUGCACUAGUGAAACUCAGCCAUGGCCAUAUGUGCCCUGGACAUUAUUUAGAUUGUAUCAAUAUCAAUCAAUUACUCAAGAUAUAUCUUAUCUUUAUCUCAAUUCCAAACAAUAUAAACAAUAUAUAUGGUUUACUUUUACUGUACCUCUGCUGGAUUAAGUUUGACAAUGAAAGUGUUAAUUUGUGAUAAAGAAGUGAUUUAUACAAAACUAAGUUAAACUGUAUUAAAAUGAAAGAUUUUCAUGA